UUUUCACCAUUUUCGUUUGAGCUUGAAGGAAGACGAACGACGAACAAAGGCCAAUCAGAUUCACUCCUAAAGUUGUGCAGAAAAUCAAAAAUCCUAAAGAAAAAUGUAAUAUUUCAGCUAAGUUUGGCCGAUCUUUUCGCGUUUUACUCCUAAAAUCGAUAAGAAUGCGUAAUAAAUAAUACGCGAGUGGACGGUAUACGAAUAUCGGUAAUCGGAAGGGUGCAAAGUGUUGAAAAUUUAUCUCGAGAGAAGCGGAUGAAUUUUGUGCAAGUGAAAUUCGUCGUCAGCACAAGAAGUGAAGCAGCAGUGCAGUGAAACCCGAAGUGGCAGUGAAACGAGCAGAAAUUAAGAAAAGAAAAAUGUCCAGCCGAGUUCGCAAACAGAACGAACCUAUGAAGGCGUUCGUUCCGGUAAGCUCUUUGGUAGUGAGGGGCUCGGGCUCGCUCCACUGUACGACGCCCGGCGCUGGUCCCGGCGGAUUCGGAAGCAAGUCCCUCUCGGCAACCCUAUCGCCUCCCAUUAGGCAUAUAUCACCGGAACAUGCCAUCUCAGGCCAUAGAAGUCCCGGCGCGCUCACAUACAAAGGAAAGCUGCUAACAUUGAAUGAAGGCUCGAUGCGGAGGACAGCAUCCCUGGAUGCACUUUAUUUGCGUCCAGCUCCGGCUUGGAGCCUGCUAACUUCCACUCUGCUCCAGCUUGAUAAAGCCACUCAAACCGAGGAGUCGUACUUGGAACGCACACGGGGCAGCACAUGGACACCUAGUGCCGGUGCGGGAUCUGGGCCUUCGGCGGAUGCCUCGCCGGUAAUAACCCGCACAGAGGUGACCACACCGACUGAUUUGAAGAUGGAGAAGGUGAUAAGACAAAGACUGCAACGCACACAUCGCGGGGAACACUCAGUGAGUUCACAGACACUUAGUCCUAACCAUGCUAAAGCAAGUCCAGUUUCGAUACCUCCACGUACCUGUCCACCUGUUCACAUGCGGCCGAUGCGUAACUCAGUUGAAGGUUUGAAUCAGGAAAUAGAGAAGUUGGUUCUGUACACCAGCCAGCCUCAUACCUGUCGUUCCGAUUUGGAAAUGUACUCUCGCGGAACUCCGGAAGGACAUCGUGCACCGCUGGCAGAGUUGUUUCACGCGGCCGGCGGAGGCGUGAUCAUGACGAGCGAUACACGCUCCGUCAAUACUCAGACGCCGUUGGGCGAUGUGUUAUCUUCGGAUGACGGUAGCCAAAGCACUUCCCCGGACGAGGGAGCAGCCGUUUCGAGUGCAUCGCCCAGGAUUAACAAAUUCUUGGCCCGUGAACCGCCAGAUGGUUGUGAAAAGGUGAACCUCAAAUUAACCGAAGCCGACACCAGUACAAAUACGACACACUUCAAACCGUGCGUCGCUUUCCAGCUAAGACCUUCACUUGGGUCUGCAUUUCAACCGUUGCAGCCAAUACCGACAUUGAAAACCACCCCGGAGGAUGACGGUAACAACGAAGGGGAAGCCGAAAGUCAAACAGCUUCGUCGUCCGGAACCGGUGAGGCAAACUAAGGAAACUGAAGGCCAUUUUGGAGGCCCGACUAGCUGUUUCUCUAAUUCAUUCCCCCUGACUUAGUGUGUAUUCUUCCCAACUGAAAAAAAAGUAUACACAUUCGUUCGUGAACUGUUAGCAAGCAUUUUGCGCAAUUAAAUCGGUAGGUACAACUAAAAUGUCGAUUCAAUAUCAUUUUGUACGAAAAAAAAAAACAAUGAGAGAAUUAUAAAUCUGUCGAUUAAAAGUAAUUACUGAAUGGAUAGGUGAUGAAGACCUAAGAGUUUUUGACAAAUUUCUCGAUUAAUCACUAUAGAGUGCUUUGUAAGUUUAGAACAAUAAAAAGAUCGUGCUUUUAAUA